GCGGCGACCGUCGGCCCCGCGAACGGGGUGUGCCCUGCGGACCGGCUGUCUCGUACAUCCCCGAGGUGUGGUUGUGAUACAGGAAGGUGCCCGCCUAGAUCUGCAAACCGAGCAGCUGUCACCACCGGAUAAAGACUGCUAGAACAUGCUGUGGAGAAUGGAGAAAUACAAUUAUCUGGCUUUCUGAUACAGAAAAGGAGAUGACUGCAGAGUAUUAAAAGCAGUAAUUUUGAAUGGCAUAAAUCAAGAUGUGGCCAGCUCAGACUUUGCUUUCCCUCCCACACCUCUCAGAAAAGGGUGAAUAUCCUGAUUCACAACUUGGUGUCUUACUGGAGCACGGGGGAGUCAUUGCAUGACUGCAGCUUGCAUGAGUUCUUCGCAGCACUUAUGUCGUGAGGUUGUCUUGCUGAGCAGAACUGCUGCCUGACGCCCACUGACAGAGAAGUAUUGGAUCUCCUUAUGACAGCACUUCACAGGAAACCGUAUGGUUACUGUAAAUGUUCCUCUCACCAGUGUAUCAUGGGAGAUGUGACGGAGGAGGAGAUGGAUAACGUCACAUUCAAAAGUGACACUGUGCUUUCUGAUGUUCACAUACACUGUCCAAACAAAAGACAUCUCAUGGUACGGUUGAAUGCAGUUGGACAACCAGUAUUCCUGUCAUAUUUCAAACUCCUUUGGAACACAGACGAUUGGGCGUCUGAGAAAUCUGGAAGAGAAGCUACAACUGAAAGAGAACACCAGUACAGCAGUGGAGAUGAACUGUGUGACAAGGACAGGAAUAAUCUAAAAAAUGAAAGGGAAUCAAAUACUGAAGGACUAGAAGCUCUGCUGGAUGAUGAUGGAGACUUGGAAGUGGUCAGAAGACCUCGAAGCACUUCUGAUUUAGAGGCGGAGGAUCUUUCGAGGGAUAGGGUAUAUCCUGUAAUUCUGAUGAAAGGGAAAGAAGAUGCUUUUGAAGACGAAGAACAAGAAUGCACUUGCACUGAUGUUGUUAAAAUAGAGCAUACUAUGGCAACCCCCUUAGAAGAUGUUGGAAAACAAGUCUGGCGUGCAGCUUUUCUUCUUGCUGACUACGUUCUGUUUAAACGGGACAUGUUCAGGUGUUGCACAGUACUAGAGCUUGGAGGUGGCACUGGAAUUACAAGCAUUAUCAUGGGAACAGUUGCCAACAGAGUUUAUUGCACAGAUGUUGGUGACGAUCUUCUGGCCAUGUGUGAGCAAAAUGUUGCAUUAAACAAACAUUUGAUGGAGCCAGGAGCACUGGCUGAAAGGCCAUUUGACUGUUGUGGUCUUUCUUCACCCACAGGAGGAGAAAUUAAAAUAAAGGAACUUGACUGGCUGAAAGAUGAAUUCUGCACUGAUCCUGAAGCUCUUUUUAGCUGGUCUGAAGAAGAGAUUGCUGAUUUGCAUGACCACUGCACUGUGAUAAUGGCAGCUGAUGUGUUCUAUGAUGAUGACCUGACAGAUGCCUUGUUCAGAACGCUGUACAGAAUCACACACAACUUGAAAAAAUCUUGCACAGUUUUCCUAGCAAUAGAAAAGAGACUGAACUUCACUUUAAGACAUAUGGAUAUUACAUGCGAAGCCUACAGCCACUUUAGAAAUACUCUAAAUGAUUUGGAGAAUCUCCAGGAUGGAAAAAUGAAAUAUAAUGUGGAGCCCAUUAAGCCUGAUUUCUGCCAGUUUCUCAGUUAUGAACGGAUCGAGCAGUUGGAAUUGUGGAAGAUUAUUGCUGAUCAGCUAACGUGACAGGGACAUGAGAAAACAGAAGAUAUUUAUUGAAGGACAAUGACUUUUUUUUGGAUGUUUAUUAAAAAAAAAUCCUGGUGGAACCGAGUUCUCAGAAAGUAAUUCCACGCAGAUUUGCCUUACCUCAAUAAGUUUUUGUUUUGGCACUUAGGACAUGGUUUCUUUGCUUCUGGUAUGAAGCUGGUUAAUGUUGAUCUUCCGAGUACGUGCUGGAUGAGAAGCGGGCUGUGACACAGUACUGUGUGCUCUCCAGGACUGAUGGCUUAGGUUUUAGAUUCUGACAAAGAGGUAUUUAACCUUUUUCUGCGUGGCUGAUUUGCAGAUGUCAUGCAUAUUCCCUUUGGGUUUUCUGAACAUGGACACUGUUCUCAGUUUUAUCCCGAGUUCCACAUUAUGUGUAUUUAUGGACACUUGUGAAACAGUCCUCUGUCAUGAACUUUUCUUUAAACAGUCUGUUUAUGCAACGUAGUUCUUUGGUUUUGGUUUGUAUAAAUCAUUCUAGUUAGGGCAACUGUCUCAACUGAAAGGAGACAAGAUACGUUUUGUCUGAGCCUCUAAAAAUGUUCCACAUAGGUCUCGGAGUCAUAUCGUCCUGCUGGCAUUUUAAGCUAUUCUGUGCUCGCCAGCUUGAGGAUAGGAAGGUGCCAUGUGACGUGACCUCCCCCUCUUUAAAAGUUGGAAUUCUGAAUGUAUACAUGUGAGGCAGGGGAGAAGGAGGUGACCCACGUCUUGCCCGUGAGGGGCUUUCAGUGCCUUAGCUUUUGGAUUAAAGUACAACAUACUUAUCAACUCUCUCCUGUGUUAUUAAUGAAACCAAAGUUCACAGUAUUUGUACUUACUAUAAAUGUUACGUGUACUAUCAUGUUUAUAUCGCUUGCCAUAUGUACACUGUCACUUAAGUUCUUGUGCCUACUGGAUUCUUUAGCAUUACGAGAAUGUUAUGAUAAAGCUGUCCCAGUCUGUGA